CCAUUGAUAAAACCAGUGAUUGGAGGGAAAACAUCAUUCACUUGUCAAUCUCUUAUGGGAUCAUUGCCUUUGCACUUUAAUUGGUUUCGGGAUGGAAAAGAAAUAAAAGAUUUACCUACAAUUAAGAUCAGGAAUAGUGAAGAAUUGUCAACUCUAUUAAUUGAUUCAAUAAAUUCAGCUCACUCUGGAAACUACACUUGUAAGAUAUCAAAUAGAUAUGGACAAGAUUCUUACAGUACCGAACUGUUGAUCGAAGGUCCUCCUAAUUGGAUUGAUAAACCUUCGAAUGUCAAAACUAAAUUGUUUCAACCAAUUAUCCUGAGAUGUGCUGCAUCAGGUUAUCCCAAACCCAAAACUGAAUGGAAAAAACUUGAAAGCUCUGAAUGGAUCAAUGUUUCACCAAACAAUCAAAUUACUGUUAAGGAUGAAUCACUAGAAAUAAUUAAAUCAACUCGUGGCAAUACAGGAAGAUUUGGAUGUUUGAUUACGAACAAAAUUAAACCUGAUUUAUGGGCUGAAUUUGAUAUCUCAGUCGAGGGUAAAUUAAUGUUAUCAAUCUCGAAUUAUUAUUCUAAUGCUUGAAAAUUGGCGCUUUUAUGUGAUAUUUUCGUGAAAUGUUCAAAAUGGACAAAAAGAUAUUCUUGUUUACCUUUGACAUCGAGACAGUUUGAUAAUCAUUUGUUUUUAGGUUGGAUUGAGUCUUGUUUACGAUUGACCUUAUUGGAAGAUGA